GAACCGAUACUUUUAAGGAGCUUAUAAAUAACAUAGUCAACAACAACAUGACCUAUAACUCCCCAAUAUCCACAGAAUCUGAAGAGAUAUGUUGGAAUGAAGAAGAAGAUCAAAUAUUGGUUGAUGCUCACAAAGUUUCUGGUACCACAUGGACUGAGAUUGCCCAGCAACUUUCUGGACGAAGCGAAAAUGCUAUAAAGAAUCAUUAGAAUGCCACAAAGCGUCAAAUCAUGCAAACUAAGAAUAAUGAUGAAAAUGCAAACCCGCCCACAAUAACAUCCUUGAGAACUAUCUAAAUGAUGCCACAAUCAACAACAAGCCUUCCAAGACAGCUGAAGUCGUUAGUAUAACCAAAAGCACUAUGGGUAAUGUGAAUGUAAGGAUAUUUAUGAUGAGGAGAUGAAUUUGAGUUUAAAGGUUAUAGCCUACAAGACAAAAUCGAGGGUCGAUGAG